AUGGAGGACCUGCUCACCUUGCUGCAGGACGGCGACAUGUGUCUCACUGAAGCCCGGUCGUCUCUCUUGCGGUCUCGCGAGCUACUGGACGUAAUCCGGCACGAAGCCGGGCGCCUCCUCCAACGUCUCUCCCUCCUGCGCGCCCAAGUCCGAGCCCUUGCCCGCCUUCUCCACUGGGUAUGGGCCGCUAACAACAGCCUCGGGCCACUCGAGCGCCUUCCCCCGGACGACGCGCCCUUCCAGACCCUCGAAGCCGUCUGCGACCAGCUCCGGCAGACCCGUGUGGACCCGGAGCUGGUGGCAGGGGAGAGGGGUCACACGCUCUUCGACUUCCUGGACGAGGGCGCCGUCACCUCCCUGCGAGCUCAGGCGGAGGCCGACGCGAGGGAGGUAACGUGA